AUUCGGAUGCUGGUCCCCGAGACGGGCAGCUGUUGUCGGGGCUCAUCGCGGUCCCGCUGCCAGAGCAGGGCCGGGGCACGCCCUGUCCUGGCUUAGGGGUUGGUUUUUCCAUCGCUCCCGUCUGCCUGUUUUUGUCUUUCCACCCGGUGGCAAAGGAGGGCCGGGGAAGAUCGCAGGGCUGGUUUGCCCUGGAAAUCCCCAUGUCUGCGGCGGGUUACUUGCGCGGCUCGGCCGCCAGCCCCGGCGUUGCCGCGGAUUAUCGCGCCUCCGCGCCCUUGCGGCGGCCAGGCGGCCGUGGGUAGUGCCGGCGGCAUCGCCGCCGCACCCGCAGGCCCCUCCAGGGAAAGCCAUGGACCCCGGCACCCCGCCAGACCUCCGUGACGUGGAGCAAAAGCUGGGGCGCAAGGUGCCCGAGAGCCUGGCGCGACCGUUGCGCGGAGAGGAGCUCUCGGGGCACCCCGCCGCUGACGCGUCCGCCCGCGGCCCUGCAGCGGUCUCCAGCCCCGUCACGGCUCCUGGUCCCUGGCGCUCUCGCGCCGCCGCCCUGGCUAGGCUGGAGACGAAGCUUCACCUCCUGAAGGAGGAGAUGGUUAAUCUCCGAGCCACUGAUGUGAAGCUUAUGCGCCAGCUACUCAUCAUCAAUGAAAGUAUCGAAUCAAUCAAGUGGAUGAUUGAAGAGAAAGCCAUUGCCAGCAGAGGCAGCAGUUUGAGUGGCAGCCUGUGCAGCUUGCUGGAGAGUCAGAAGACUUCCCUCCAUGGCAGCUGUAGCAGUUUACAAGACUGUAGUGAUGGACUAGAUGGAAUUUCAGUAGGAAGUUAUUUGGACACCUUAGUGGAUGAUGUCCCAGGUCACCAAACUCCUUCAGAUAUGGACCAGUUCAGUGAUUCUUCUAUCAUGGACGACUCACAACCUCUUCAUAAGCUUUCCCAAAUUGAUUCCGAUGAGUACUACUGUUUUGGUUAAUAAAAUCAAGUUGCAGUGGAACACAAGUGCACUCACACUUAGCCUUUUUGCUUUGCUGCUAUUUUGUUUCACGUGCAAAACCUCCAACCUUCUGUUGGAAGGAAAAUAUGAUACUUUUGUUCCACUCGAUUUUUUUUUUUUUUUUUUGUUACAUUUGUUCUAAUACAUUUUCCCCUUGUGGAUGGGCUUUCCGUCUUUUCACUUUUUACUUAAUUUAUUAUUGCAAUUGUUUUGGGGUUUGUUAGAUUGUUUUAACUUCUUUUCAGUGUUCUACUUACAGGUGUUUAAAAGUGGUGAAGGAAAAGCUUUAUCUUUAAAUGAGACUUCAGGGGAUAAGACAAUUUUGUAUUUGUUGGCAAUAAAAUAUCUUCUAAUACAUACAUACUAUGGUAAAUAUUCUUGACUACCAGCUUUGGCUUUUCCAAAGACAUUGUUCUUAUUGAGCCUUAAAUCUGAAUUGUGCAAAUACCUCUACAAGAUAAUUUUCCUUUUGUAAGCAAUGAUAAUUUGAUUCUUUUAAGCUGUCUUCACUUGGAAUAUAAAAUAUCUUAAAUUUUUA